AUGGAUGCAUUUAUAAUUCGUUCGACUGACAGCACUUCAGCGAGUGAAAAACCAAAGAAGAAAAUCAAAUUAAAUAUAAGACGUCGGUAUCAUGAAGAUUAUUUAAACGUAGGAUUUUCUCGGUCCGGAAAUGUAGACGAUCCUCGUCCGUGGCGUCUUGUAUGCGGCGAUAAACUAUCGAACGAAUCAACGGUUCCGAGUAAACUAAACCGCCAUUUUUCCACCAAGCGUUCUCAUUUGGUUGAUAAAAAUGCUUCGUAUUUUUAACGUUUAAUAAAAUCAGAAACACGACAAUCCGAAAAAAUGACGAAAAUAGUGACCAUAUUUGAUAAAACUCAAGAAGCUAGUUAUCUAGUAGCAGAGCUUGUAGCUAAACAAAUGAAACCGCAUACUAUUGCAGAAAAACUUAUUUCACCUGCUUGCCGUGAAAUCGUAAAAGUUCUUUUUAGUGAAGAAGCUGUUUUUCAGAAGUAUUAAAAAAUCCCAAUAUCUGACAACACUAUUAGUAGACGUAUAGAACACAUGUCUGAAGAUAUUGAAGAACAAGUAUUGCAACAAUCUCGUGGCUCUCCAUUAUUUGCAUUACAACUAGACGAGUCAACUGACAUAAGUGGACAAGCACAACUUUUGGUAUUUAUACGCAUAGUUUCCAACGAAGACAUCGUGGAAAACUUUUUAUGUUGUAAAACACUUCCUGAGACAACCAAAGGUGAAGACAUUUUCGAAAUCGUGGACCAUUAUCUGAAAUUUGCCAAUUUUCCAUGGGAUAAAUGCAUUCGACUAUGUACCGACGGAGCUCCCGCGAUGACUGGCUCAGUCAAAGGCUUUAUUUCUUUUGCUAAGAAAAAAAAAUGA